AUGCCGCUUAAAAUCUUGAAAGGUGCGACACUAGAGAAGUCCAAUUUUUCCAUUGGUGGAAGCUCUCGAGUAAGUUCAUCGGUGGUAGCCGAGACAAGUUGUGUCUCGGAACUCAGUCCCACCUUCCCCACAUUCUUUCUCUUCUUUGGUGGAGAUUCGAUUUCGGACACCGGAAAUUUGAUCCGUGAGAGGCGGGUGGGGCCCGCCACGGUCUACACACGCCUACCCUACGGCCAAGACUUCUUCCACAGGACACCCACCGGCCGUUGCUCCAAUGCAAGAGCUGCGGGGCUUCCUCUUCUGCACCCGUACAAGGACCCGAACGGGGAAUUCAGCCACGGGGUCAACUUUGCUGUGGCGGGGUCCACGGCCUUACGGUCCGACACACUGGCUGCCAUGCGUGUAUUCUCGCGGGGAACAAGGAGCUCUCUCGACGUCCAGUUGGGCUGGCUGUCGACAUAUCUCAACUCGACAUGCACUGAUCAUAGAGAUUGUGUGGAGAAAGUCCAGAAUGCGCUCUUCAUGGUCGGUGAAAUUGGGGGAAACGACUACAAUUUCGCAACAUUUCAGGCGAAGAAGUCGAUGGACGAGCUGAGGCGCAUGGUGCCUCGGGUGGUCGAAGCCAUUCUCAAUGGUGUUAGGGUAAGUUGUCCUAAUUAA